CGUAUAAUCUAGUGGACGGAACGCUUCUUCAACAACUGCAGCCACCUCCGUAGCUCGCUAGACAACAAAGUCGGAACAAUCACGUUCUUUAGGACAAUUUAGUUGUUUAUUUGCCACUAUGAUUUAAACAUACUUAUGUGGAAACAAGUAGCUACCCCAUUUAAUUUAAUAUUUACGUUAUAAGUCAACUAGCUGGCUGGUUAAGUUAGCACUAAUCUAGUCGCUAAUGCUAACUAGCUAUUAUCUCCGACCAUGAGUUCACUAAGCUACUCUCCUCCUGCUGAAGAAGAGGUGGUCUGCUGGACGGAGAAGGAAGCUCUCGUCAAAGAGGAGGCGGAAGAGAGAGAUGUUACAAUACAAAAACAAGUAGAGGGUGAGUCUGUUACCGUGAAAGAAGAGGAAGACGCCUUCAGAGUGAAAGAGGAGGAGGAUGUUACUGUAAAAGAAAAGGAGGAAGAUGCAGUUUUUAGAGUGGAGGGUGAAGUGAAAGAAGAUGAAGACGUUUUAUUAAUGAAGGCUGAAGAGGGGGAGAUUACUGUCACAUUAGAGGAGGACGAAGAAGAGAAGACUGGAGAACUGAUUAACACCAGUAAAUACAGAGAGAGACGGGACAAUCGUGGAUCCUUUGUGGAGCCUCAACAUGAUGCUGACGAGGCAGAGAAAAGUCUCUCCGCAUCAGAACAACUCAAGAAACACCAGCAGAGACCCACCGGGAAGAAAUCUCACUGCUUCUCUGACUGUGGGAAAAUAUUAAACUCUUCAGUAAAACUUAAAAUACAUAAAAUAAUUCACACUGGAGAGAAACCAUUUGGCUGUACUCAAUGUGGGAAGAGUUUUUUUCGGCUACAAACCCUGAAAUCACACCAGAGAAUACACACUGGGGAGAAACCUUAUAGCUGUGAUCAAUGUGGGAAGAGUUUUACUCAGCUAAACAGCCUGAUUGUACACCAGCGGACACACACAGGAGAAAAAUCUUAUAGCUGUAGUCAGUGUGGUAAGAGUUUUUCUACAUCUAGCUAUCUAACUAUACACCAGAGAACACACACAGGAGAGAAACCAUAUAGCUGUAAUCAAUGUAGGAAGAGUUUUACUCAGCUAAACAGCCUGAUAGUACACAAGCGGACACACACAGGAGAGAAACCUUAUAGCUGUGAUCAAUGUGGAAAGAGUUUCGGUACAUCUGGCUGCCUGAAUACACACCAGAGAACACACACAGGAGAGAAACCUUAUACAUGUGAUCAAUGUGGGAAGAGUUUUGGUACAUCUGGCUCCCUGAAUACACACCAGAGAACACACACAGGAGAGAAAUCGUAUAGCUGUAUUCAGUGUGGGAAGAGUUUUACUCAGCUAAACAGCCUGAUAGUACACCAGCGGACACACACAGGAGAGAAACCUUAUAGCUGUGAACAAUGUGGGAAGGGUUUUACUACAUCUAGCCAGCUGACUUUACACCAGAGAAUACAUACAGGAGAGAAACCUUAUAGCUGUGAUCAAUGUGGGAAGAGUUUUACUACAUCUAGCCAGCUAACUAUACACCAGAGAACACACACAGGACAUACUCUUUAUAGCUGUACUCAAUGUGGGAAGAGUUUUUCUACAUCUAGUUAUCUAACUAUACACCAGAGAACACACACAGGAGAGAAACCAUUUAGCUGUAAUCAAUGUGGGAGGAAUUUUACUUGGCUCAACAGCCUGGUAUCACACCAGAGAACACACACAGGCGAAAAACCUCAUAGCUGUAAUCAAUGUGGGAAGAGAUACUCUGAUAAGAGAUCUCUGACUAAACAUCAGAAAAUACAUGUUGUUGUUUCAUGAUGUCAAUUAAAUGAUGUCACAAUGUAGAAUGUUUUAACAUUGUAGGAGCAGUAUUUUAAUGAAUGUCAGAAUAUAGAACCGUUAACAUUUGCCCCCUGGGUUCAAUGAUUUUAGACUCCGGGGAAAAAUUCAAGCUCUGAAUUGAAAGAUAACUAAAUAUGAGAUUUGACAAAAAGUGACUAACAAAGAAAGAGUUGUGUUACACUUACCACGUUGGUGACCCACUUGAAUCAAAAUGCAACACUUCAAAAUGUAGCGAGCUGUUUUCUACUAUUUGUCCUCUAACCAGGGAUGUACACAAUACUUCCAGAUUCCGUGUGAGUUCUGAGCUGUUAGUUUUAACAGGAUGUGCAGCCUCAUCUCCCUCCUGUCAAACAAUUGAUUUUAACAUGAUAUUGAUGAGUGAUGACAUAAGUGUUGUGUUCCUUUGUUUAGCGACCCCUAAAUUUAAAUGCAUCACUCCAAAAUGUAGCUGACUGUCUUCUGCAAGUUGUCCUCUAAUCAGUGAGGUAAAAUAUAUCUCCCAUUUCCAUAUGUUUAUUUUAGCUGUGUUAGUUUCAACAUCAUGUACAACCUGAUUUCCCCCCCCCCCCCCCCCAAUCGAUAUCAGUGAUUUAUUGCUACUUGUCAAAACAACAGCGUUUUUGGUGCUUGUGCAGUUUAUAAGGAGCUUGUUUAACAAUAUUUAAUUAUAAGCUGAUUGUUUAAAAAAAAUACAAGUAAUGUAUUAUUGCAGAUGUUUGUGUAUAUAGCACAUUUUAUGUCUAGGAUUUCAAUUAAUAACAAACUUUUUCUGCAUGUUAUUGAUUGGACACGUUAAAACUGUGACAUUGGGGAUAUCCUACCCAGCAAAAUGUCACUGAAAUUAAGACUAUGCCCAAUAUAAGUUUGGUUUUGGUUGAAAGUUGAAAAUAAAUGUUUUUUAUUUCAACAUACUUGCAGCCUAUACACAUGGACGCAGUAUAAUAAAUUGGUCUAUAAUCAAUUUUAUUAACAAUCCUAAUAAAUUGAGUCAUAAAUGUAGGAUAUAUUUGUUGUCCUAAGGGGAAGGUGUUACAGGCUUUGGUUUUUCCAUUUAUGUU